AUGGCCACAACAGUCCACCAGCCAAUCCCAGCACUCCUAAGUGCACCUAGACUGAUUACUCUGUUCGCGUCGCUAUUGGUUUCGGUUGCAUCGGGCACAAACUAUGUCUUCUCUGCCUGGGCGCCGCAACUCGGGGCGAAGCUGCGGCUCUCUCAUACACAACUGAACGUGAUAGGAUUGGCAGGGAAUGUUGGCGUAUACGCCAGCGGUCCGGUUUGGGGCCGAAUAGUUGAUUCUCGAGGACCACGUAUUCUGCUUGCCGGGGGUUUCGUAUUCUCUCUACUAGGCUACGCAGGAAUUCGCCACUUCUUCGAUACAGGACUACUUCCGUCAGAGACGGCUCUAUCCACCCUCAACCUGGCCGUAUUGAUAUCGUGCAGUUGGCUGACCGGGGCCGGCGGGAAUGGCGGUCUCACUAGCUCAGUAAACUCCACGGCCAAGUCAUUCCCUGAUAGGGCCCGCGCGUCGACUACGGGGCUUGUUAUCUCGGGGUUUGGCUUAUCAGCAUUCAUCUUCUCCACUGUCGCGCAUGUCGUCUUCCCCGGAGACACGUCUUCAUUCUUGCUGUUGCUUGCAAUUGGGACUGCGCUCCCAAUGAUCUUGGGUUUCUUCCUUGUCCGGCCUAUUCCCCUUCCGGCAGAUCCUCACACGCAUGAACAUCCUGUCGUGGACGGCGACGCUGACGCUAUCGAAGCGGCGGCUGUUAUCUUCCAGCAUGAGGAUAAUAGCUCAACUCACCUUCUCUUCCACGAUGAUUCGGACGAAUCUGAUCCCAGCGACACGUCAAUCUAUGACGGGGGCAACGCCCUCGAACUGUCAAGAAGUCUGUCACCGGAGACCUAUCAUCAUCGUUCCAUAAGUUCUUCUACCCGACGCAGUUUAAGCGCGCACAACGAGCACGUAGAGGGGCCGCCUAACAUUCACGGCUUUGGUUUAUGGAAACGCGGUGACUUUUGGCUCUUAUUUAGCAUGCUGUCCAUGUUGAGUGGUACUGGACUGAUGUACAUCAACAAUGUCGGUGUCAUGUCACAAGCACUCUACGCGUACAACAACACGGCAUAUGAUGAUGUGAAAGCUCAGAAAUGGCAGGCUGUGCAAGUAUCCACCAUCAGCAUCACUAAUUUUGCCGGUCGCAUCAUCAUUGGCUUGAUUUCGGACAUCACCAAAGUUCGGUUCAAGCUACCUAGAUCGUAUUGCUUGAUUCUGGUGUCGAGCACGCUGCUUGCUUCGCAAUAUGUGGCUACACACAUUGAGAGCAUCGAUUCCCUUUGGAUUGCUAGCGGAAUACUGGGGCUCGGAUACGGUAGCAUGUUUUCGCUAUUCCCGGCUAUGUGCAUUGAAUGGUUUGGCCUCCCCCAUUUCUCGGAGAACUGGGGCUAUCUCUCCACUUCUCCCCUAUUUGGCGGAAACCUCUUUUCGAUUGCAUUCGGCCGCAACUUCGACGCACACGAGCCCCCUGAACGCCGUGGUCUCCCCACGGCAGUAUCUCGACUCUGCCUCGAGGGAAAAGGGUGCUACGUCAACGCACUGUACUUGACGAUGUCCGCGUGCGGACUCUGCGUAUUUCUGAGCAUUUGGGCUGCGUGGCGGGAUCGCCAAAGGGCGCUCGCUCAGGAAUCGCGGAGCUACAGACGCAUUCAGAGCGCUUAG